AUGUCAUCACCUCCUCUCGUUCCCCUCUUUCUCUUCUUCGGCUUCAUCUUAGCCUCCUCGGCCAUGGCCACGGACAAACCAGCUCCGGUCGUAUUCCCCAUCAAGAAAGAUGCCUCCACCAACCAGUACUACACCACCCUCCGGGUCGGGACUCCCCCCACGUCCAUGAACGCGGUCCUCAACCUCGUGGGCCGGUUCACCUGGCUCGACUGCGAUGGUUACGGAUCCUCCUCCUAUCACCCCAUCCAUUGUGAGUCCUCUAGGUGCGAGGCUGCCGGCAGAGGGGGCUGCACCUUCUGCUUCGGCCCCGCCAGGCCUAGCUGCACCAACGACUCAUGCCUCAUCUAUGUGGCGACCCCGUUCGUGGAGGAGAUGACGUCCUCCGUACUCGGCGAGGACGUCCUGGUCUUGCACUCCACGAAAAAGAUCAAGCACACGUCCAGGAGCAAAUUUCGGGCUCUCCACGCAGCUCAACCUCCCCGCGUAUUCGCUCUCUGCCUCCCUUCCUCCUCCUCCAGAUCCCGCCGCGGCGACCUCUACGCCGGUGGUGGCCCAUACAUGCGGCCUCCGAACAAGCACGACCUCACGAAGUCGCUCCUCCGCACUCGGCUCCUCGUCAGACCCAGUAGCAUCGCCGCUGUCUCCAACGAAGGCGAUGAGUACUUCAUCAACGUAACUGCCAUCAAAAUUGACUCCGCUCCGAUCACCUUCAACUCCUCGAUCCUCGCGAUCGACAAGGACGGCGCCGGGGGUACUAAAUUCGGCACUCUUACUCCGUACUCUCGUGCUUUGUACACGUUCCUUCACUCGGCCAUCUUCAAUCCUCUGGUGGAGGAAUUCACGAAGAAGGCGACGGACAGGAAGAUCAAGAAGGCGACCCCAGUCUCCCCGUUCGGGGCUUGCUUUGAUGCGAGGACAGUGAGGAGUGGGGUGGCCAGCCCGGACGUGCCCGCGAUCGUGCUGGUGCUCCGGGGCGACGCACAGUGGAGAAUCGAAGGGGCGAACUCGAUGGUGAGGGUGAGCAAGGACAUGAUGUGCCUGGGGUUUCUGGACGGAGGAUCGGGAGUGGGCACCACCAUCGAGAUCGGGGGUCACCAGAUGGAGGACAAUCUGUUGGAGUUCGCCAUGGGAUCGUCGACAUUCGGGUUCAGCAACUCGCUUCUCCUUCGGAACUCCAGUUGCUCCCAUCUUUGA